CUGGACGGGGCGCGCCGGUCGGUGAUCGGGGACAGCCCGCAGCUGCUGACACACUACUACGAUGACGCCAGGACCAUGUACGAGGUCUUCAGGAGGGGAUUCAGCAUCUCCGAAAACGGCCCCUGCCUGGGGUUCAGGAAGCCCAAGCAGCCCUACCAGUGGCUGUCCUACAAGGAGGUGGCUGAAAGAGCGGAAGCUCUGGGCUCAGGCCUUCUUCAGCAGGGCUGCAAGCCAUCCGCGGAGCAGUUCAUCGGGGUCUUUGCUCAAAACCGUCCAGAGUGGAUCAUUUCCGAGCUGGCUUGCUACACCUACUCCAUGGUGGUGGUUCCCCUCUACGACACCUUGGGUCCUGGAGCCAUCCGUUACAUCGUCAACACUGCUGACAUUUCCACAGUCAUUUGUGACAAACCCGAAAAAGCCAGAACACUCCUCGACCACGUGGAGAGGAGCGAAACGCCAGGCCUGCGCUCCGUCAUCCUGAUGGACCCGUUCGAGAAGGAGCUGGCGGAGAGAGGGAGACGCUGCGGGGUUCGCAUCCAGACCAUGCAGGAGGUGGAGGACUGUGGCCGGGAGAGUCGCCAUGUGCCGGUGCCUCCUCGACCAGAAGAUCUGUCAAUUGUCUGUUUCACUAGUGGCACUACAGGAAACCCCAAAGGUGCGAUGCUGACUCACGGGAACGUGGUUGCUGAUUUUUCAGGCUUUUUGAAAGUGACGGAGAAAGUGAUCUUUCCGAGACAGGACGAUGUGCUCAUCUCCUUCCUGCCUCUGGCUCACAUGUUUGAAAGAGUUAUACAGUCCGUCGUGUACUGCCACGGAGGGCGAAUCGGGUUCUUCCAAGGAGAUAUCCGUCUCUUGUCCGACGACAUGAAAGCCCUGCGUCCAACCAUCUUCCCCGUCGUGCCGCGGCUGCUGAACAGGAUGUACGACAAGAUCUUCAGCCAGGCAGACACGUCCCUCAAGCGCUGGGCGCUGGAAUUCGCCGCGAAGAGGAAAAAGGCUGAAGUUCGAAACGGGAUCAUUAGAAAUGACAGUUUGUGGGAUAAACUUUUCUUUAAUAAAAUACAGGUAAGCAACUUCAGAAGUGAGUCCAAAGUCAAAGGACUAAUCCCCGGGUCCCGGCCAAAAAGCCUGAAAUCCUACACACCGCUUUAAAGGCACCCAUUUCUUUCUCAGGUCUACGAAGGUUAUGGCCAAACAGAGUGCACAGCUGGAUGCACCUUUACAACCCCAGGCGACUGGACAUCAGGUCAUGUCGGAGCCCCUUUGCCCUGUAACUUAAUCAGAUUGAAGGAUGUGGAAGAGCUGAAUUAUUUUGCUUCCAAAGGAGAGGGAGAGAUCUGUGUGAAAGGACCAAACGUCUUCAAAGGUUAUCUGAAAGAUAAAGAGAAGACAACCGAAGCGCUGGACCAGGAGGGCUGGCUUCACACUGGAGACAUCGGGAAGUGGCUACCUAAUGGGACUCUUAAAAUCAUUGAUCGGAAAAAGCAUAUAUUUAAACUUGCUCAGGGAGAAUAUAUUGCACCAGAGAAGAUUGAGAAUAUCUACAUCCGCAGUGACCCUGUUGCCCAGGUCUACGUCCAUGGAGACAGCCUGCAGGCCUUUCUGGUGGGAAUCGUGGUGCCCGACUCCGAAGUCAUGCCAGGCUGGGCGAAGAAAAGAGGGUUUGACGGGACGUAUGCAGAGCUCUGUAAGAAUAAGGAACUGCAGCAAGCGAUAAUGGAAGACAUGGUGCGGUUAGGAAAGGAGAGCGGACUUCAUUCCUUUGAGCAGGUGAAAGCCAUUUACAUUCACUCUGAUAUGUUCUCAGUACAAAACGGUUUGUUGACACCAACGUUAAAGGCUAAGAGACCGGAACUUAGAGAUUACUUCAAAAAACAAAUAGAAGAGCUAUAUUCAAGCAUCUCCAUCUGA